GUUGCUAAUGAGCUCUCCUUCCCUCUUCCCAUGAAAGACAAGCCAGACCCCGAGUACCCGCAUGGAUGGGGCUGAAGUCCCAGAAACUUCAUAAUAAGUUGCCAAUGGCUACCAGCCAAGGUCAGCCGGCCCCCGCUCGUGCCGGUCCCCACCAAGGCAGAGCCCAAUAAGCUGCUCCCCAGUUAACACCUCCGUCGCUUUUUUAUGUUCCAGUCCAGCCACACAAUCGUUGUCACUUUCAACUCACAUGAAAAGAAAUCUCUUUUAUGGGUCUGAGAUGCCAAGUCCAGUCCCGUAGAGGGACCAGGUUUCCAGCUCACCCGUCCACCUCCUGAUUUCAUUUCAUCUUUACAACACAGGCCGGAGGGUUGUUUUGCGGGAGUGGUGAGCCCAUCACACAUGAAGGGCCCUUUAAAGACCAGGACUGGCUGGAAGGACAGAAAUUAAAGGCACUCUGAUCCGGCCCCAUGCCAGCUCCCCGCGGAUUGCCUCCCGAUCCCAUUUCCAUCCACUGUCACAACCGGAGAGUCUGCCUGAGUUGAUCAGGUUCCCCUGCGGGAGAGGGGGAAUGCCAAGGUCAGGAGGACUCCGAGUGAUGGGCCACUGUUUGAUCUGCCCAUCAGCAGUCUGAGAAACGCUGGCUCCGAGGUUUCCUCCCGGCCUUUGGGGAAAAGCAAGUUCCUCGCUGCUCCCCGGCAGCGCCGUUCCCUGGGACCUCCGCCUCCACCGCCUGGCAGAUGCGGCCUGUCCAUGCUGAGGCCUCGAGCCCCGCCUGACCCAGCCGCCGCCUCUCCAGGGCCCCUCUGGGCCGCACCCCCCGGACUGCACAGCCAUGCUGGGCCUGCUGGCUCUCCUCCUGCACUGCCUCCCGCUGGCCGCCGGGGACUAUGACAUCUGCAAAUCCUGGGUGACCUCGGAUGAGGGCCCCACCUGGGAGUUCUACGCCUGCCAGCCCAAGGUGAUGCGCCUGAAGGACUAUGUCAAGGUGAAGGUGGAGCCCAAGGGCAUCACAUGCGGAGACCCCCCUGAAAGAUUCUGCUCCCACGAGAACCCCUACCUGUGCAGCAACGAGUGUGACGCCUCCAACCCGGACCUGGCCCACCCGCCGCGGCUCAUGUUCGACCAGGAGGACGAGGGGCUGGCCACGUACUGGCAGAGCGUCACGUGGAGCCGCUACCCGAGCCCGCUGGAGGCCAACAUCACGCUGUCGUGGAACAAGAGCGUGGAGCUGACGGACGACGUGGUGGUGACCUUCGAGUACGGCCGGCCCACCGCCAUGGUCCUGGAGAAGUCCCUGGACAACGGGCGCUCCUGGCAGCCCUGGCAGUUCUACGCGGAGGACUGCAUGGAGGCCUUCGGCAUGCCCGCCCGCCGGGCCCGCGACCUGGCGGCCUCGGGCGCGCACCGCGUGCUGUGCACCGAGCAGUACUCGCGCUGGGCCGGCGCCCAGAAGGAGAAGCACGUGCGCUUCGAGGUGCGGGACCGCUUCGCCAUCUUCGCCGGCCCCGACCUGCGCAACAUGGACAACCUCUACGCGCGGCUGGAGAGCGCCAAGGGCCUCAAGGACUUCUUCACCCUCACCGACCUGCGCCUGCGGCUGCUGCGCCCGGCGCUGGGCGGCACCUACGUGCAGCGCGAGAACCUCUACAAGUACUUCUACGCCAUCUCCAACGUCGAGGUCAUCGGCAGGUGAGA